AUGGCGGCCGUAAGCAUCGCACUUGCUUUCUCUGUUGAUUCUCUUAAGCAGAACCAAUCCACGAAGUUUGGUCUUUCGUCUAGAUAUCCUUUACUAUACUCGUGUAGAUCUCAACGCUCCAGUCUCAGAUUCGCUUUCCCUCCUUCGCAUUCUUCUUCGGUUUCAACAGCCACAGAGACGGGAGAAGAAGCUGCGAAAUCUACCGGGAGCUACGCGUUUCUCGAGGAAUCGUUUCGCACGGGGAGAUUUUUGAGUAACGCAGAGCUCGAGAAGCUCAAAGCUCUCGAAGGGUUUGCGUAUUUCCAGGAGCUUAAAUCUGGAUCGAUGUGGGUUCGGGUGAUGAGACCUGAAGAGAUGGACUCGACGGUGAGCCUCCUGGCUGAGUCAUUCGGCGAGUCGAUGCUAUUGCCUUCUGGUUAUCAGUCCGUGUUACGGUUCUUAGUGAAGCAGUAUCUGAUUGAGAGGAGAGAAGUGCUGCCACACGCAGUGACCUUAGUUGGAUUCUACAGGAAGAAAACGGAUUCGUGUAGUGAUGGAGAAGAGGCUGAGAUGGCUGGUACUGUGGAGGUUUGCUUCGACAAACGUGGCGCUAAUGCUUCGCCUCCUUCUCCGACUCCUCCCAAGGAAUCACCUUACGUCUGCAACAUGACUGUGAAAGAAGACCUUAGAAGGAGGGGAAUUGGGUGGCAUUUGUUGAAGGCGAGUGAAGAACUGAUAUCUCAGCUUAGUCCUUCGAAAGAUGUAUACUUGCAUUGCAGGAUGGUCGAUGAGGCUCCUUUCAAUAUGUACAAGAAAGCAGGAUACGAGGUUUUUAAGACGGAUACGAUUUUGGUCCUUCUGAUGUUACAGCGGCGGAAGCAUUUGAUGCGCAAGAGGCUUCCACCACCACCUUGCGUCAGCACUUCGGAUAUGGUAGAUAUGGUGGGGUCUGAUAAUGAGCUGACCAAUGUGUGA